GACAAUGGCACAAAGUUUGAAUGUGGUCCUACUGGGUAGAACCAGAGCUGGUAAAAGUGCAGCCGGAAACACAAUCCUGGGACGAGAAGCUUUCAAAUCAAAGAAAAUCUCUAAAUCAUUCACUCGAGAUGUUGCUGUUGAAUCUGGAGCUGUUGAUCACUUUCCAGUCACUGUUUAUGACACACCAGGAUUUUUUAAUACAGAGCUGAGUGAUGAAGAGAUUCAGCAGAUGAUAAAUGAAAAGGUUCUUCAGAGAUGUGAAUCAGGUCUCUGUGUGUUUCUGCUGGUCAUCAAAGCUGACAGAUUCAGUGAAGAAGAGAGAAAAACUGUGGAGAAGAUUGAGGAGCUGUUAGGAGAAGAGCGCUUGAAGAAAACCUGGAUUCUCUUUACUGGAGGAGACGAACUGGAGGAGGAAAACACAACUAUAAAAGAGUUCAUCGAUGACACUGAAGCACUGAAGAAACUCGUUCAGAAAUAUGAUCAGAGACAUCAUGUGUUCAACAACAAGAGGAGAAACACUGAACAGUUUCAAAUGUUGCUUAUGAAAAUACUUAAGCCAUACAUUGACAUACCGGAAGGUGCAGGGAACCUGAAGCCGAAUCCACUGACGAGAAAAAUACCAGACAACAUUGAACCAGACGCUCCGGUCUCCAGUCCCUCAUCCAGACGGAUUGUUCUUCUGGGUAAAAGUGGAGUUGGGAAGAGUGCAGCUGGAAACACAAUACUGGGACAGAGAGAGUUUAUAUCUGUGAUGAGAAUGAAUUCAGUAACCAGUGAAUCCUCAGCUGCUCACGCCACUGUUUCAGGCAGAUCUGUGACUGUAGUUGAUACUCCUGGAUUAUUUGACACAGAGAUGAAAACUGAAGAGUUAGUGACAGAGAUAGCGAGAAGUGUUUAUAUAUCCAGUCCUGGACCGCACGCUUUUAUCAUCGUGUUUCCUGUGAAUAUGAGAUUCACUGAUCAGGAGCAGCAGAUUCCUCAGCAGAUUGAGAUGUUGUUUGGAGAAGAAGUGUUAAAAUACUCCAUCAUUCUCUUCACUCAUGGAGAUCUGCUAGAAGGAAAGUCUGUAGAGGAACUCAUUCAGGAGAGUAGUAGAUUAAGAGAUCUAGUUGGUCAGUGUGGAGGCAGAUUUCACGUCUUCAACAAUAGAGAUGUGAAUAACAGAGAUCAGGUGAAUGAUCUACUGAAGAAGAUUGACACAAUGAUAGAGCAGAAUGGAGGAGGACACUACAGUAAUCAGAUGUAUGAAGAUGCUCAGAGAUUCAGACGAGAGGAAGAAGAGCAGAGACUGAGAGAGGAAGAGGAGAGAAAACAACAAGAGGAGAAACAAAGACAAGAUGAAGAAAAGAGGAGACAAGAUGAUUUUGAGAGAAAGAUAAAGGAGACAGUGGGGAGAUUCAGAGUAGAGAUGGAAGCUCAACUGAAGACUGAACAAGAGGGACUUGUAGUAAGGAGACAGAGAGAAGAUGAGGAGAGAAAACAACAAGAGAAACAAAGACGUGAUAAGACUGAGGGAUUGAUACAGAAGAAAGAGGAUGGAAUUAGAGCAAGCUCAGAAAAUGGAUUUGAUAAAUUUCUAUCCAAUUACUGGUGCUGUAUUUUAACUGGUGCAGCUAUAGGGGGACUGGUAGUUGCUGGAGUAGGUGCUGUAGUAGUUGCUGGAGUAGGUGCUGUAGUAGGUCCUGGAGUAGGUGCUGUAGUAGGUGCUGUAGUAGGUGGCAGAGUUUGUUACUUUUACAAAGCGAAGAGAAAACUAAGACAAGAUGCGACUGAGAGAAUGAUAAAGGAGAAUGGAGACCGCAUCAGAGCAGAGAACGAAGAUCAACUGAAGUCUGAACAAGAAAGAAUAGUAGUAAUGAGACAGAGGGAGGACGAGGAAAGAAAACAACAAGAGAAGCAAAGACGAGAUAAGAUUGAGAGACUGAUAAAGGAGACAGAGGAGAGAAUGAGAGCAAAGUGUCUUACAUUUAAAUAGCAAUGUAUAGAAUAAUGUAAAAAAUAAUCAUAUGUAUACAAAAUCUAGAAUGAUUUGUAAAGAAGGCAACCAAAUGAGACUUCCGUGUGACCAAUCAUGAUAAA